ACUACUUAAAGCAAACCUUUUUUGACGGGGAGAGCUUCACUUGCCCUUCUUGUCGGUGCAAGUUCUAUCCUCGUCCAGUACAAAUGUCAGCUCAACCAGGAGGACAUACAUUUCGCGUCUGGGCACCGGAUGCCCCUUCUGUAACGUUGGUGUUGGGCGCUGGGGACCAAGCCAAGUCCAUCCCCAUGAAGAAAGUAGAUGUCCCAUCUGCACGUAGUCAAGGAUGGUGGGAGGCAGUUGUCAAGGGUGCAGGACACGGUUCCGACUAUGGAUUUCUGGUAGAGAAGAACAAAUAUAACGUCGACAAACCUUUACCGGACCCUCGAGGUUUCUGGCUUCCUACAAGCGUUCACGGACCCUCACGAGUUUACAAUCAUGAUCAAUUCAAAUGGACAGACAAAACAUGGAGAGGCGUGCCUCUGGCAGGAUCAGUGCUGUACGAGCUGCACGUCGGUACUUUUAGCGAGGAAGGCACCUUUGAUGGUGCCAUAAAGAAAUUGGAUCAUCUCGUAAAUCUAGGAAUAGAUGCAAUUGAAUUGCUCCCUUGCAACGCAUUUCCUGGUCAAUGGAACUGGGGAUAUGAUGGGGUUGGCUUGUACGCGGUCCAAGAGUCAUACGGUGGUCCCGACGGCCUGAAACGCCUCGUCGAUGCUUGCCACGCUAGAGGUAUUGGAGUUAUAAUGGACGUGGUAUAUAACCACCUUGGUCCCGAUGGCAAUUAUUUGGAGUGCUUUGGUCCGUACUUUAGUACAAAGUCCAAUUCAUGGGGGACUUCAGUCAAUUUGGACGGGCCAUGGUCGGAUGAGGUGCGGAGCUUCUUCAUCGACAAUGCUUUGAUGUGGUUGGAGCAUUAUCACAUCGAUGGUCUUCGAUUGGACGCCGUCCACGCUUUACUUGAUACAAGCGCAACCCAUUUCCUCGAGGAUCUCGCCAAUCAUGUACGCAAUCUGAGUGCACGUCUUCGAAAGCCUCUGUUCCUCAUCGCGGAGUCGGAUCUCAAUGAUCCAAGGUUGAUCAAAAGCCCUGAAGCCGGUGGAUAUGGUCUCGAUGCGCAGUGGGCCGAUGACGUUCACCAUUCGCUCCAUGCACUCCUUACUGGAGAACGGCAAGGAUACUAUGGUGACUUUGGUUCGCUAGAGGUGAUGGCGAAAGCACUCCGUGGUGGAUUUGUGCAUGAUGGGGAAUGGUCCUCCUUUCGCAAGCGAAAAUACGGUCGACCAAUUCCCACUACCGUACCUACAUCCCGCUUGGUGGUAUUCUUGCAAGAUCAUGACCAGAUUGGUAAUCGCGCUGUUGGAGACCGCAUUUCGGAGCAUCUUAACGACAACCUUCUUCGUAUCGGAGCAGCGUUGCUUUUGAUGUCACCAUUCACCCCUAUGCUGUUUCAAGGUGAAGAGUGGGGAGCAAAAACACCUUUCCAGUUUUUUACCAAUCAUAAUAAGGAGCUGGGGGAGCUCGUCAAGAAAGGUCGUCGAGCAGAGUUCGCUGAGCACGGAUGGAACACGGAGGAUGUUCCUGACCCGCAGGAUCCCGAAACUUUCAAGCGAAGCAAGCUGAACUGGAAUGAACCUACUCAAAACAAACACGCUUCUCUCUUGGAUUGGUAUAAGUCCCUCAUUCAUCUCAGGAGGAGCGUACCGGAAAUUGCCAAAGUCGAUGAAUUUGGGCAGAUUGAAUGCGAAGUUGAUGAGGAAGCGAAAUGGCUGGUUCUUAGGAGAAGCGAAAAAGUGGCAACCGUGGUCAAUCUAGGAAAGAAAGAACAAACUAUUCCAGUGAUCGGAGACGGGCAUAACGGACGGAAGCAGAUUGGCGACAUUCUCUUGUCGCAUGGGUCGUACGAGGUGAAAGGCGCUGCUCUGACGCUCGGACCAGAGUCUGUAGCAAUUGUCAGAAUUCGGGGGUAAACAGAGGAUAACAUUAUAAUAUGUACAGGCCAUCAUGGAUGCUCCGCAUUAUAAAUAAAUAUUACGGUUCUGCUAAGGCUCGCUGUCGUUAGGAUACGUAAUCCGGCAGGUAGCUAAGAGUUUACAUCAGACCGCUCUUAAACACAAUAGGCCAGCAUUCCAGUGUUUUAGAGUUCAC